AUGUUCAAACCACAGCUUCUGUUGCGCAGAGCACGGCUCCCUCCCCAGCUCCGUGCUCCCACCCGGCGCUGGUACAGCACACCACCUCCGUCCCAAGGACGAAUCCACACGGUCAUUGGUGCUGUCGUCGACGUCAAGUUCAACAGUGACAUUCUCCCUCCCAUCCUCAAUGCCCUGGAAACCUCUACUGGAGACCGCAAGCUGGUCCUCGAGGUCGCUCAACAUCUCGGUGAAAGUGUUGUGCGAUGCAUCGCCAUGGACGGUACUGAAGGUCUUGUACGAGGCACCUCGGUGACCGAUACAGGCAACCCGAUCAUGGUCCCAGUCGGACCUGGCACCCUGGGCCGCAUCAUGAACGUGACUGGAGAUCCGAUUGAUGAGCGCGGCCCAGUAGAUGCCGUCCGCCUGAUGCCAAUCCAUGCGGAACCCCCCGAGUUCGUCGAACAGUCAACCGCAGCUGAAAUCCUGGUUACCGGUAUCAAAGUCGUCGAUCUCUUGGCUCCUUACGCGCGAGGCGGGAAAAUCGGCCUCUUUGGUGGUGCAGGAGUGGGGAAAACUGUGUUCAUUCAGGAACUGAUCAACAACAUUGCCAAAGCCCAUGGAGGUUACUCGGUUUUUACGGGUGUUGGCGAACGGACCCGUGAGGGGAACGAUCUGUACCAUGAAAUGCAGCAGACCAAAGUUAUCGACUUCGAGAGUGGAUCCAAGGUCGCAUUGGUAUUUGGCCAGAUGAAUGAACCUCCAGGUGCUCGUGCUCGUGUCGCCUUGACAGGGCUAACUAUCGCGGAAUAUUUCCGAGACGAAGGCCAAGAUGUGUUGUUGUUUAUUGAUAACAUCUUCCGUUUUACCCAGGCUGGCUCAGAGGUCUCUGCGCUUUUGGGGCGAAUUCCAUCAGCUGUAGGAUACCAGCCUACUUUGGCAGUUGACAUGGGUGCUAUGCAAGAGCGUAUCACAUCAACAAAAAAAGGCUCUAUUACCUCAGUACAAGCUGUCUAUGUGCCUGCUGAUGAUUUAACUGACCCUGCUCCCGCUACCACCUUCGCCCAUUUGGAUGCAACCACUGAGCUUUCCCGUGCCAUUUCAGAAUUGGGUAUCUAUCCAGCUGUAGACCCUCUAGGUUCGAAGUCUCGUCUCAUGGACCCCCGUAUUAUUGGCAGUGAGCACUAUGACACGGCUGUCCAAGUACAGAAGAUCUUGCAAGAGUACAAAUCUCUUCAAGAUAUUAUUGCCAUUCUUGGUAUGGAUGAGUUGUCUGAAGGUGACAAAUUGACAGUUGAACGUGCCCGCAAAUUGCAGCGCUUCUUGAGCCAGCCAUUCACGGUUGCUGAGGUCUUCACGGGCAUUAAGGGCGAACUAGUAUCAUUGGAAGACAACAUCCGUUCUUUCAAGGCCAUUCUGGAAGGCCAGGGCGAUAACAUGCCAGAGAGUGCCUUUUAUAUGGUUGGAAACUUCGACUCCGCCAAAGCAAAGAGUGAGAAGAUCCUUAGAGAGUUGGAACAAACCACGUAG